AUGUCUGCCGACUUCUGGGCCGGCUAUAUUUCCGGCGCCGUCGGCAUUGUCAUAGGCAAUCCCCUCGAUAUUCUCAAGGUGCGCCUUCAGGCCUCUAGCAGUGUCUCUGGGAAUCCAUCCUCGAUAGCUCCGUCGAGUCUCCCGGCGCAGCCGUCUUCGUCCGCAUCCACCUCGGCUCUCACGCUCCUUCGCAAAUUCUCAACGGGCACCGCGGCACCCAUACUGGGCUAUGGCGCCCUGAACGCCCUGCUAUUCGUCUCGUACAACCGCUCGGAAGAGCUCUUGAACCGAGCGUUUUCACCACAUGGCUUCUCACAGUCAUCAUCGAAUUCAAAUGGCUCCACAACCGGCUCCAACCUCUGGACCACGUUCCUCGCGGGGGCAAUUGGCGGCCUCGCCACGUGGGUGGUCUCCACGCCCACUGAGCUGAUCAAGUGCAGGGCCCAGCUCAGCACCGACCCGCACGCCUCAAGCUGGGACAUCACCAAGCGCGUCUUGCGCACCGAGGGCGGGCUGAGGGGCCUGUACUUCGGCGGCACCGUGACCGCGCUCAGGGACAGCGUCGGCUACGGCUUCUACUUCUGGAGCUACGAGCUGACCACGCGCUGGAUGGAGCAGUGGUCCAGGGCACACGAGGGCCAGCAGGGCGGAAGCUUCACCGGCAGCGAGACCGCCAAGGUGCUCCUCUGCGGCGGCCUCGCGGGAAUUGUGACGUGGGCGAGCAUCUUCCCGCUGGACGUGAUCAAGACGCGGGUCCAGGCGCAGGUGCUCGGCGCCGGCACCAUCGCCGUGGUCACAGGGGAGAGCAGCCCUCUGCUUCGAACCCCGGCCCCGACGAGGCUCGGGGCGAUCGGGGUUGCGAGGGAUGCGUAUAGGGAAGGUGGGCUGCGAGUCUUCUUCAGGGGCCUGGCAGUCUGCAGUGUGCGGGCCUUUAUUGUCAACGCGGUCCAGUGGGCCACGUACGAGUGGAUCAUGAUGGAGCUUGGUCAAGGAAGGAAGAGGCAAAAUGAGACUAUCCCGACUUAG